UCCUAAUAGUUGCAUAUCUCAGUUGCACGAGAUGGUUUGACAGCCAUGAACUUCAGUCAGUGGCAUUGAGAGAGAAGGGUUUGGAAUCAGACGAAGCUAUAGCGCCCUAGCUUUUGAUAGAUAGGCUUUUUGUUUCUUAUCGAAUGUCAAGACAGAUAUGAGAUAUCUUAUCUUGAUAGUCUUAAGAGCACUUCUGACUCUGGUUAAUUCCUCUUUCAACAUCUCUUUAUAUUUGAUAGGAUAAGUCCUAACAUCACUGAUAUGGACAAGUUUGUUGAUUGUUGAUGGCUUUGACGCUGGCCAUUGUAAUGUAGAUACAAGCGCGCUGCAUUCUUCUGCAGUACUGAGAUCAAUUGCUGGUUCAGUCUUCACCUGCCACUUGCUCCAACCAUGGAACAACCACACUCCAUUCUCACUGGAGCUGAAGCUGUGUUGAAUGUCCAACCAAACUCUUCAUUAUCUGUCACCUAUGACACUCUUUUUGGGUCUUCCGACAAUCAUAUGCUCCUUGAGCUACAUGAUGAGAUUCUCCCUGAUCUACUUCACCAGAGCAUAACAUUAAGAGGUGAGCCAAAUGAAGAUGUUGUUCUAUGCACUCUGUCAAAGACCUAUGCUGUCAAGUUUGUUGGAACUUCCAACUCUGUAUUUCUUAUUCCACCCUCUCGCCAUCAAUUCACUCAAAACGGGCAGCAAUCUGUGGCCUCUGUUAUUGAAAUUUCACCUGGUAAUAUGGAGCUCAUCGAGACAGCUCCCAGGCUGGACAGGCUCAAAACUCUCCUUGCACAAAAUCCUUAUAGUUCUAUGGAGGCAUUGCAGGCAGAUGAUAUGGAGGACGAUUCAAAGGAGAGUAAGAUGGGAUUGUGCACAUGGCAUGAUCUGGUUAACAAGAUUCAAGCCAGUGAUGAUGAAUUGAGGAACGGGUUAGAAGCUCUCUCAGCUGUGGAAAUCGAUGGUUUCUGGAGGAUUGUGGAUGAAAAAUAUAUGGGUGAAAUUCUGACAAUGCUAUUGCAGAAUUCAAUUUUAAAUGACUGGUCACUUGAUAAACUUGAUGAAGAUGAAGUCGUGACUUCUCUGGUCACCGAUGGAUUCCCGCAUAAGCUUGCCUACCAUUGUUUACAUGUUUAUGGAAGUGAGGUGGAUGAGGCUCGAGGAAAAAGCUGUGUGUGGACGCUAGACGCAAGACGAGUGUGCGUGCAUUUCGCAAGACAAGUUUUGGGAGUUGGGAAAAUGAAAUUAGAGCGUUUUAUGGAAAUGUGGUUAAAGAAAAUCCCAGACGGAAUGAACGCGAAUUUGGAGAUGCUGGAAGGUGAAGUCCUGACUGAAAAAGUUGGAAUAGAGAUGUGGGUUCGAGGUUUCAGUGUUGCUUCCUUGCCUUCAAAUCCUGCCGAGCGUUUCUCAGUCCUUUUCAGGGAGCGGCCGAAAUGGGAGUCGAAGGAUUUACAGCACUACAUCAGGGACUUGAAAGUACCUGGUCUUUCGUCGGAGGGUUUGCUGCUAAAGUAUACCAGGAGAACGCAGCCUACACAAGAUGCAGAACCUGUAUUUACUGCAAGAUAGCGAGACGAGCCAGCAGAAGCAACCACCAUCUGAGUUUCAUGAUGGGGGCACAUUAUAUCAGCGGUAGCAUCCACAGGAGUCUGUGUCACAGCCUUUUCCCCGGCUUUGGCGACAUGGAGCUGCAUUUCUGCUUGUGCCUCCCUCGCCAAUCGAACCUCUUUCGCCACCUCCAUCCUAGCUUUCGCCACCUCCUGCUCCGCCUUCUCCUCGGCCUUGGCUUCAGCCUUGGCCUUGCGCAUGUCCUUCAUAUCUUGGAUCUUCUCCUUGACAGCCUGCAUCUUGGCUUACUUGCGAGCUGCUGCUUGUAAUUUGUUUCUAUUUCUUCUAUGGUGUCUCGUUUUCUGAUGAUGGUCAGCAAUCUUGG